CAUACAUAUUUGCAGGCAACUAAGGUACCUAUCAGUUCACCUACAACACCCUCCCUAGGUUACCUUAGGUGCCUUGACUCCUUGGCCUGUUAGGCGACCACCCCCCAUCAAAAGACACAACCCACAGAACCUCAAUUCGCUCACCAUUUCCGAGUACAGUCAGAAGACAUCUCGAGUCCAGUCAGACAAAGAAUCCUCAGAAAUCAUAAAACUGGUAAGCUCCCACGAUCACUUGGUCGCAAAUACACGUCACUCGAAAAGUGAGAGAAAAAAGAAAAAAUGAAAAAAGGAAAGCCCUGCGUCCCAAAAAAGAAAAGUCCCCUGUUUUCCCUGGUCAAAAACCUGGAUCGCCAAAAACUCACUCCACUCGUGUCAAUCGCCCGCCAAACUGGGCCGUCACGACAAGGUCACACGCCAGCCGCCGCCCUGUUGACAGCCCUGGGAAGCUUUUUGCGUCAAUCCAUUUAUUAUUGCCCGCCAUCAUGUUAAUCCUGCGUGUGCCCACCACUCCUGUCCACCACAACUCUCACUUGUGUGCUUCUUGGGAUCCUACUUCACCAACUCUCCGCAUUUCUCAUCCAAACUGGUGUCUAACUCGUGAACAUAAAGAGACGACCGCUUCGCAUCACCAUCGUGGAAAACCCCACGAAAACAGUACCACCAAUAACCAUCCCACAACCUCGAUUGACAAACAAAUAUUCUCAAGACAAGCGGCACAAUCCCCUGUGCUCUUGGGAAACCACGACUACCGUAUAUCGCAGAUUCUAGCAACGGUCCUCAAGAUGAGCACUGCAGGCCCGGCCGCGCCUAGCGCCGCGAUACAGAUGAACCCCCACCCCUCCACAGUGACACCUUUCGCCGAGUCAUCAACGAGGACCACAAUCACUGGCGGGGACAAGUCCAGAUCGGACGCCUCGAGCGGCGACGAUGCAGCGCAAAAGAAGAAGCACAGCCUAUUUGGCCUAGGCAACAAGAAAACCGUCGAAGAACCCCUCAGGACGCCUCCUCCCACCUCAAAUGCGACACCAAUUCCCGGGCCAGCUCCCGUCACGCCGAGGGAGUCCCCGUCCCGGACCACGACCGGAUCGCCCGCGCCCCCGCGCGCCUUGUCCAACUCCCCAGGCCUGUCUCCUCGUCUCGGCUCGCCCGCCGGCUCCCAGAUCUUUGAGCGCGACGUUCAGGAGACAGCCGUCGCCCUGCCAACCUCGCCAGCGAUUCCUUCGCACAUUGCGACCGAAGAUUUGAUCCCUCCCGUGCUUGACGCCUCGUCAGAGGCGAUUACAGAUGACCGUAUCGACCCGGAUACUGUUGAGAUUGUGACGCACACCUCGCACCAGCCCGCCGCCCUUGCCGUGACAGGCGCCGCAGUCAAUUCGGCAGCGCAGUCAUUGUCUUCGCUGCACAACACAGUUGAGGGCUCUUGGGCUGAUCAGCUUGCAAGCUUUGAGCAUGACCGCAGUGGCGGCGGAGACGGGGCGAGCAAUUACGGGUCCCUCGACGCAUCCGACGUUAGGAGACUGUCUUUUAUCUCGUUUGCCGAUGUUGUCCAGGCCGAGCACGGCCAUGCUGCCACGUCGCGGGAUAGCAUACAUCUCCCUGCGGGCCUGACGAGUCUCAACACCCUGACGGCACGAUCACCUUCACCGGUUAGGUCGCCUGUUUCGUCACAAGGUGGCGGUCCGGCUGCCUCGUCGCCACCAACGUCAAAAUCUGGGAGCAUCAGGGGCAUGGACGCAUCACCGUCGCGUAAGCCGCUGGUGGGGUUGAAUGCUGCCGCUGCUCUGGGUCCGAACAGCCCUCCGCUGAGCACCGCGACGUCGCAUGUCGAAGGUGAUCUCAAAAUCGAGACAAUGUCGCAGGCUUUGCGUCGGACUGGCAGCGCGGAUCUCAGUGGGGUGACGAGUUUCCCAACCAGUCCGGUUGAGGGUCCUUCGCGCUAAGGAAAAGAAAAAUCGAGAUAGUACAAAGAGCGUUGGUUUGGAAUUUCUUUUGUCACUUCUUUUUGCUUUUUGUGUCUUGCUCUUAUGGAUACUCCCUUUCGCACUUGGCUUUCUCUUUGGUAUUGAAACGUUACAUACAAAUGCCUUUUUUUGUCCAUUUCUUUUUGCUUCGCGGAGAGGAAUUUGGGAACUGGGUUUUGAAGAAGAAUUCCGCGCUUAUUUAUGUCUAGGUUAUGUCUCAAAGCCAUUCAUUGUCCAUGACGCAUUCCUCAUAACAGAUUGAUAUAUCAUAUCUUAUCUCGACUGCUUUGUCCAGAACCCUACAAAACUGGUUACAGUAUGAAAAGAAGAUGAUUAGUGGAGCUCAUUCGUCUAUGGACCUUGUAAGGUUUCUAAGUCUAUUUAUUCUAGGUCUAAAAUACGGUAAUCCUGUAAGUGGACAACCUAAACUUUAAUUUUGAUUUUGUUGUCGAAAAUAGUACUCCUCAUGCAGGAAACAGCUUACCAAAAUGUUUGUGAAAGUAGGGUACCUAGGUAAAUGGACGGCAUACAACAAUGCUCAGUCAGCGCAUCAGGACUAGAGGCCGAGAACGGGUCCUCCAAAGAUGACUCUGAGCUUGAUGACGUCGCUAUCAAGCACCUUACCCGUCAACGCCAAGCCAGGGUUGGUCUGUUGAAGCGGGUCUCGGCAGUGCCCAAACUACCUGCCUUGGCUUUGACUGAUUCAACCGGAGGCCCUUCCUGAGUUCUUUGGGCUGAAAGCGGCCCAGCUUUUCCGUCGACGAAGCUUGUGCAAGGCUAGAAGGAGUAAAGUAUAUACUGCCGAGGCUGCCUCUUUCCGUUACCUAAAGCUCACCUCAGAACUUGCAAAGUACUCUUACCCAAGGUAGGUAAGAUAGGUAGGUAUUCACAUGUCAGGCCUAACGAGACAAUCUCUGGGGAAGCGGGUCGACACGGGAAAAACCAGCCAUGGGCAACAAAACGUGAGUGGAUGGGGAAGGCGAUUCUGGAUUGUGUGGAUUCCUCCUUACAAGUCCACUUCUUGCCCCCCGGCGUUCGCCCCGAUCCUCGGCCUUCGCCUGCCCGGCGCAAAAGAUAGCAGCCCAAAACGCCUAGGUAGGUAUCUGUGGGGAUUUAAUGGAUUUGUAUCCGUGGUACUGGGCGUUCUUGGGCUCCUUCG